AUGUUGGAAGAGACAUCAACUAGUUCUAGCGCGGCUUCCGGAGCUUCGCCGGAGGAUUUAUUCCGCCCGCCGGCUGCCGGCGGAGAUUCAACCGCCCAGGCGUUGCAUUUCUCCUCCGGGAACCCUAGAAUAGAAGAGAUUAGAGGCGUUAUGCAUCUGUUCGGUAGCGACGUCGCUUCACCCUCCCCCAAGUUUCCGGUUGACAGAAAGCCUCUGAUCUCUGUUAUCGGGGUGCCAAAUCAUAUGACAUAUGCAGAUUUUUGCCAGUUCUGCGGUUCUUUUAUACAUCACGUGCUGGAAAUGCGAAUCGUAAGAACUGAAGGGUUGGAGGACCGUUACAGUAUCUUGAUCAGGCUUGACAAUCAAAAUUCAGCAGAUUCUUUUUAUAGGCAUUUCAAUGGAAAACGUUUCUCUUCCCUUGAGGAGGAAACCUGCCGCAUGUUUUUCACUGUAGAUAUACAGUAUACUGGAUCCAUUGAGCAUUCACAUUCUUCCCCUACAAGCUCUACAGAGCAGCCUUCUUGUCCCGUUUGUCUUGAAAGGUUAGACCAAGAAACGGGUGGAAUUCUUACUACAAUCUGCAAUCACUCCUUUCACUGUUCUUGUAUUUCUAGAUGGGCUGAUUCUUCUUGCCCGGUAUGCCGGUAUUGCCAGCAACAAGCUGAGAAAUCAAUAUGUUAUGUUUGCCAAACUUCAGAAAAUCUUUGGAUGUGCGUCAUAUGUGGUUUUGUUGGCUGUGGGAGGUAUAAGGAAGGACAUGCCAUAAACCAUUGGAAAGAAACCCAGCAUUGCUAUUCCCUUGAACUCGAAACACAACGGGUGUGGGAUUAUGCUGGUGACAAUUAUGUUCAUCGCCUGAUCCAAUCUAAAACUGAUGGGAAGUUGGUCGAGUUAAACCACCAUUGCUCGCACACCAAUGAUGGUCACAGUGACACAUUUUUGGAAAAUGAAGUUGAAUUUAUAGUGAACGAGUACAACGAGCUUCUUACGUUGCAGCUUGAAAGCCAGAAAAAUUAUUUUGAAUCUUUACUCGAAGAAGUUGAAGAAGAUAUUGAAAGAGAAUCUUCCAAAGCAGUUGAGAAAGCUUUGAGCCAAAAUCCUAGAGUGCUGAAAUUGGAGGCUAAGCUAGCCAAAUGUAUUGAAGAAAAGGGAUUUCUUGAUAAUAUCAAUGACAACCUUUUGAAGAACCAAGGCAUAUGGGAAUCAAAGAUAAUCGAGUGCGAAGAAAGGGAGAAGAAACUUUUGAAAGUGAAGCAAAAAAAGAUUGAAGAACUGGAGGAGCAGCUUGGGCGCAUGAUGGUUAGCCUGGAAUCCAAUAGUGCAGAGCAACCACCAGCAACUACAAAUGAACUAGUAGCAGCAGAAUCAUCGUCUAAAGGAAGUAAAGGUGUCACGACAAAGAACAACCAUUGGAAAAACAAGGGAUAA